CCUCCCCCUCCUCCGCCCGGUCGAUCCGCGCCAGCCGCACCUCCGCCUCCACCGCCUCCUCCCCCCGGCCGCUCAACGCCCUCCAUUCCACCUCCUCCCCCGCCUCCUCCUGGACGCUCCGGGCCGCCCCCUCCGCCGCCGCCCCCUCCAGGCGGGCCAGUCGCCGCUCCGCCCCUCCCGAAGCCCGACGGAGGACGCUCGGCCCUUCUCGCGUCGAUCCAGGGGCAGGGUGUUCACAAGCUCAAGAAGGUCGACGACUCGGAGAAGCGCAUCUCACCGUUGGCCGCUGGUGGUGCCGCAGCCGCUGGGGUGGCUGGCGGUGUAGCGGUCGCGGCUGCCGCGUCACCAUCUGAGGGCGGUGGCCUCGCGUCGUCACUCGCUGCUGCACUCGCGCAGCGUAAACAGGAUCUGGGAGACUCGGACGACGAAGACGAGUCUGACAGCGACUGGGAUUAAUUGUAUGACGAAGCGGAUGUGAAGGAGUAGUCAGC